CAUUGCACCGUCCAGCGCGCAGUACACGUACGGCGCGGGAGACGGCCGGCCAUCUGUGAUGGGUGACGCACCUAGCAGUUGCACGCCUGAUGACGGCAGGUCAGCGGAACGGCCACCCAAUUGGCUCGCGCAUGGCAACGCCACGCCGGUAUCACCGCAUGCCGGACAAUGUGGUUUGCUGGGAAUAUCCCCUUAUGGCAGCCCAAAUGACAUGCGAUCAACAAAGAUGCCUCGUGUUCAGUGUUUUUCGCCUGCGGACGUCUUCGCUUCCGGCGUUGAAGUUGUGCGUUCUCCGUUGCAGCCCUUGUUGCCGUCUCCUACGCGCCGGGCAUACACUCCGGUGCACCCUUCGUCAGAUUUCGAUGCGUUGUGUUUUCCUAUGCUGUCACCGCUAUUGCAACCUCGCCGUUUGCAGUUUUUGUCGUGUGCAGCGCAACCAUUUCCUCCUCCUCCACUUGUCGUUGGACGCGACGGGUUGGACUCCAUCCCCCUCGAGGGGUGUUCUCAAUUAUCACCGGUGGUGUUUGGAAGUGGAGGGUCCACACUGCGUGACGGAGGUCAUCGGAGUGUAGAACCGCGGGUCCCACAUUCGUUCGCCGCAUCACGUCAUGGGCAGGGGGGUGUAUUGGAUGACGCACGUCGAGGGGAUGAUUCGACAGCGGACGCAGAGGAUGAUGGCGAGCGUGAUGGCGCAGCGAGCGGUGGAGGCGAUGGCGGGUCAUUUUGUGGGUCGGAUGAUUCACUUCCACGCUCUGGUCACGGGUCACAACGUGGCCGCAGAUCGCGCGGGCGGCCACUCAGCCGUGGCAGGUCGCGUUCGCAUUUCGAUCGUGUUCGGCCUUUGUGCUGGGAUGAUUCGAAGGAUGGUGCUCUGCAGAGCGGACCUUGCCAUGAUCGAUCUGCACAUGUGUUGGAAUCGAUGGGGCACUGGGAAGGCUCGAAAGCGCCUGAUGUCGUGUUCCUGGAGCCGAUGAAGCUGCUGCAGUUGCUCGGGUUGUUCGAUUUGAGUUGCCCGCGCCACGGGGCCGGUUGUCGUGUGAAUGUGUCCUCUGUCGGUUAUCCUGGGCAGAUAUGUCGCAUUUCGCUCACAUGUAAGAAGUCCUGUCGUUGGACAUGGCAAAGUGCACUGGUUGCGAGAGCUGUGUACUCUUGCAGACUCCAGCAGAAGUUGUUCCAUGCGACCGUCAAUGCGGGUAUGACAUAUACCGUCCUGAAUGACUUCUGCAUCGCGCUUGGGGUGGCGCCUGUGCACAAGCCCACUUAUUACAGUUGCAUGCGAGGUGAGCCGAAUGUGAGUGAGGGUUGGAAUGCAAAGGUUGUCAGGCAGGGCGUGCGGUAUUGCGACUUGGUCAUUGACACGGUUAUGCGAUCAGGGAGACCCGUCACUUUGAUGGUUGACGGUCGCUACGACUCCGCCAGGUCUGCGCAACAUUGCAUUGUUACCGCAAUUGAGUGUGAUACUCGUCUUGUGGUGGGUGUUCAUACUCUUCGCCCAAAGAAGGAGGGAAAGGCAUCGAACCAACUUGAGGUUCCUGCUAUUGUGCGCUUGUUGAGAGGCUUGAUGUCGAGGGGGUUGCGUAUCCGGUGUGUUGUCUCCGACGAUUGUGCUGCAUUGGGUCCGCAGUUGGAGUGGCUGGGUAUUGAAUGGCAGAAGGAUUGCCAUCAUAAGUUUAUGCAUUUCACGAAGAAGGAGUUGUCGGAUGCCUUGACGGACCAUUUUGGACCUGGGUGUUUGACGGCAAAAGAAGAACGAUUGAAGAAUAGCGACUACGUCGCUGUUGUGAUAAGCAAAAUGUUCCUGUACGGCACGAUGAAAAACAAGCAAUCCCUGCUCGUGGAUCCAGAUGGCGUGACCGAGCUCCAUAUGCAUGAGGUGGGGCAUUGGUUUCUUUGUGCUUCCCAGCUUUGCAGAGAUGAGGGCGGCGACUUUGUCACUCUGCACAAUGAUAUCAUGAUGAUCACCGACCAUCGGGCAGGGGACCACUCCAGGUGCGUUGCAGACAGAGUGCUUCUAUGCUCAAAAGCGGGUGGCCCAUCUCGGCUUCCUCUUUACACGCACGACGACCCCGUGUAUGACUUCAUUCGCCAGACGUUGGGCAGGCAUUGCAGCACAACCGUUUGUUCAUACUACACGGAGUUCCGUCACAUGUCGACGGUUGAGACCUUCCAGGGCACAAUCAUCAUUUACGCGAAGAAGGCCUUGCACUUCAAGAAGUCGUAUGAGCCGCAUUUGGCGAUUGCAGUCAUUCGAUGGAACACUCAUGCAUGGCAGGAUCCCUUGGAGUAUCGUGUCCGCAGGCCUUCAAGGACUUCGAUUCGUCCAAGGCCGAGCCACUACCGUCACAACCGGCCACCUACCGAUUCGUGGAUGGAUCGGCUGUCCACAUUCAUCUUCGGUUCAAAAUGCGUUUCAGAUUGGGCUCGACGCCUUCUCAAGUCCGGCGAUUGUGAUGUGUCGGGCGAGGUCGGGUCCUCGACACCUCCUCUGCCUCGCGAUCUUUUUUGCAGAGGCGAGGAGACCAUUGCCCGUGACGAGGAUGACGUUGAUUCAGGUGUGGAUCCCGACGUUGUGGGGGAAGACGAUGUUUUCAUUAUUGGCGACCGCUAUCGGUUGCCUGGACCGGCAACCGCCGUGUCCGAUCGAUCGUGCGAUUCUCUAUGGGACGCAGAUGAUGUCGAGUUGUUCGACGACUGACAUUGUGUUAUGUCGUAGUCUC